UGUAAUAUAUACUACAGUUGAAGGUGAAUGUUUUGAGUACAAGCAAGUGAAACACUAAUAAAAUGUUUAAAAUAAUUUCAUUAUUAUUUCUGUUACUCGGAACUGAAAAUAUAAUUGCAUUAGAUCUUCCAAUAGUAUCAGACAUCCAGGACAUAAUAAGUCUUGCCCACGAUAUAUCAGAUUUAGCAUCUGGAAAUGUACCUCUGGUAACAUCUAUCUUCGGAGGAAGUUCUGUAGACCCUACGAUCGCGAAAUUAAACGGACUAUCAACUCAAAUCGAGGAGCUAACAAAGUUAUUCAACGUCAAAAUGGAUGCCGCGCUGUCACAAAUAUUGAACAACGUGCCCCGUGACACUGAUUUUAGGACACGUAUGGGCCAGCUGCACAAAUAUAUAACUCGUAUCAACGGUCAAUUUGAUGAUUAUCGGCGUCUACUGAAAUCCGCAAGUGAAUAUAAUCAAUACAGUAUUGACCAAUUUAUACAUGCUGCUACUUCUUCACAAGAUGGUGACCUGCCAGAAAUAUUAAAUCAAAUCCAUCGACUAUUUAUAACACAGCAAUCUGAUGAUAUACAAGGAGGUCUUUUGGACCUUGCAGUUCCUAUUUUUAAAGAUAUGAAACCAGCAUCUUUAUGCGGCCGCACUAAAUCACAGCAGCAACGUGUUUAUGAUAUUUAUCGAACGAUUAUUUUUACAGAAAUAAAAGGAUAUAUAAUGAAUUCUUAUUCUUAUGGUCUAUUAUCUAUUUUUAGUAACACAACUUUUAUAAAAGAAGCAAAAAGAUCUGAAGAGAGACUUCUAAAAGCCGCUUAUGAUUAUAUGUCAGCUACUAAAGAAGCGUUAAAAACGAUACCUAGAGAAGUAAUUGUUUGUGAUCCACCAAAACACAUUAAUGGUGAAACAUUUGUGGAAAUGUUCCGCGCAAUCCAAAUGACGAUGGGACAUGAAUAUAUGUUACGUUCUGAUGGAAGUUGUGGUGGUUCCUGUAGUGACAUUGAUACAUCGACGAUCUAUCGUGAAUAUGAGAGUUUUCAAAAACGAAAAUGGUACCCAGAGAAUCCAUGCCAGGGAAGGCUGAACGAAUGUUGGGACCUGAAUUACGUUGAGUUUUGUGAAAUGCCCGGUGAAUUCAAAGAACGCCUGAUUUAUGUGAACAAUUAUGACAACCGCACUUAUGGCAGCACCGAAAGCUGUUGGUUCGGUAAAAAGGGUUCACUUAACAAGUUAACAAUUGGUGCAUCCAAGUGUAACCCUUGUUUAUGUCAAUGUAUAGAAGACAAAGCCGAGUCAAAGGCUGAUCGCACACUGAGUUUCUUACGACAACGAACGGAUGUUGAUAAAAAUAUGGUACUGACUGGUAUACGAUUUAUUAAGAAAAAUAAGGUUAUUCAUUUGCAAAUCGAGCAGGGCAAGCUAAUCAAAGAUGGUCGUAUUGAAAACGGUACCACCGAAUGGCUGCCCGUUGACGAAUUAAAGUAUGAUGCAAAAGCUAAGGGUGGAGCUUUCGUAAGAGUUGUUGACGAUAAAGAAAUACCACUAAAGAAAGACGUAGAUUACGCGUUUAUAACCGAUACGCUUCGCUACUUUGAUCUAGACGAUGUCAUCGUUCCAGAACCGAAUCAUGUCAUUACAGGUGUAAGGUUGAAACUCGGGAUGUAUUCUGGAGACAUUCAACUGGAAAUCCGGGUAACAAGGUUCAAUUUUACAACUGGCUUAUUAAUUCCACUGGAUUCGAAAAUAAUAAGGGAUCUUGACAAAAAUAAUGAAAAGAUAUCUUCAGAAUGGUUGUCUCCGGAUUCGCUUUUGAUGUUUAAAACUGUAAACAGAGCUGCACUAUAUCGAACAGUCGUUGACGUCAAAGGCAAAUCGGAUCCUCAAAAAAGUUAUAAUAAUAUUCCCGACUCAGAAAGUUAUUCACGAGUGAUGCUAACUCAUUCGAAUGUUACUGACGAUGUCGGACAAAGUACGAUUCCGUACUUUGAUAUUCAGCCAGUCUUCCCAAUACCUAGAGUCGCAUUGGACGGGAUUGGGCUUUACCACCGCGGCAACGGAGAAUCUGGAGGAUUUUUGAGUCUUAAAGUUAUCACUCACGACAUUUCAAAAUAUUUGAAUCCUGAUAUGAAAUCGGGCAUGUUAACUACUGAAGAAAUAAAGGACAUUGAAGAGGAGAUGGAGUUUUCAGAACUGGAAUAAAUGUUUCUGCAUUAGUUCACAAUUAAAGUAAUUUUAAACCAAAAUUACUUGUAAUCUUGCAUUGGAUGUUAACUGAUCUCUCAUUAAAUUUUUGAACAAAAAAUUUGAUAAAUUUUCAAUUAUUACCAUAAUUUUAAAAUGAUAUUCAAGCAGCUCUCAAAAUACAUGAUUUUUUUAACUUCCCGCUAAGAAAAUCGAUGAUUUUCAAUGAUUCGGGAAGUUAUGGUUUUCACCCCGAUUUUCGAAAACCGAGUUUUCAUCAGAUGUUGACAUUUUGAGGUCCUAGGAAGCUAUUUUGACUAUUUUCAGCAUCAUGCCCGAGUGUCUGUAUGUAUGUAUGUGUGUGUGUGUGUGUGUGUGUGUGUGUGUGUGUGUGUGUGUGUGUGUGUGUGUGUGUGUGUGUGUGUGUGUGUGUGUGUGUGUGUGUGUGUGUGUGUGUGUGUGACCGGUCUAUAACGUUUUAAAUAAUGAAGCAAUUUGGAUGGUUAAGGCGGCAAUCGAAAGAGCUUGUUGGCCAUUUGUUGACUUACUGUACUUCCCUAGCUGUGUAAUAUACUAUUUUUCAUACCGAUGCCAAAAGUUCGAAUUCUGUCCCUAAUUCGCGGGAUGAAAGUGUUACAUUUUAGCCCGAAUAAUAAAAUUUAAAAAAAAGAUAACCAGCUAAAUAUAAAAAAAAAAGUUAUGUUUUUUCCCGGCUGUCAAACUUCAUUGACAAGUUCAACCUACCCCAAGCUAAUCCGUUACGUACUUGUUC